UGGAAUGAACUACCCAAUCAGAUGAGACCCGCAGCCACCAAAACUCAACUACUCAGAGAAGUUCUCCAUCUACAACUAAACUACUUCUCUCUCUCUCUCUCCCCUCUGCAAAAGCAAAAGCAAAAGCAAAAACAAGAACGAAAAUGGAGGUGACGAGCUCGUCGUGGGACGAGUGGGUCCAGGGGGCACUUUCAAAGCUGGAGUCUUUGCACCUCACUCGUUCUCUCAGACCCAUCCACCUCCGCUACGAACCACAACGCUCCAUUCCCAACGACGAACUGCAAGUGUUCGACGAAAUGCAGCCAUGGGACCGCUCCUCCGUCGAGGUCCGGAUUUCAGAUGCCACAUUCCAGAAAUGGCUCCUCGACAUCACUAGUUCCGGAGAUGAGGCUGAUUGUGGACAGGUUUUAGCCGAUUCUAAAGCAGGGACAUGUCCUCAGGAAUUCAAGAAGCUGCUUUUGUUCUCUGGAAAUGAUUAUUUGGGAUUGAGUUCACAUCCCACAAUUGGAAAAGCUGCUGCAAAGGCAGCACAAGAACACGGAAUGGGCCCGCGAGGUUCCGCUUUAAUCUGCGGAUAUACCAAUUACCAUAGGCUGCUAGAGUCGUCCUUGGCGGACUUAAAGAAGAAAGAGGAUUGCCUACUUUGUCCUACUGGGUUUGCGGCUAAUAUGGCCGUGAUGGUAACACUGGGAAGUGUUGGAUCUCUCCUGGCUUCCGGUGUAAAACCUUUGGAGCAUGAAAGGGUGGCCAUUUUUUCUGAUGAAUUAAACCAUGCUUCAAUAAUUGAUGGGAUUCGUCUUGCUGAGCGACAACGUAGCGUAGAGGUUUUCAUCUAUAGACACUGCAACAUGACUCAACUUAAUGCAUUGUUAUCAACUUGCACACUCAGGAAGAAAGUCGUAGUGACAGAUAGCUUGUUUAGUAUGGAUGGAGACUUUGCACCUAUGAUUGAGCUUGCAAAGCUGCGGAAAAAGUAUGGGUUUUUGUUAGUGAUUGACGAUGCUCAUGGAACAUUUGUUUGCGGCAAAAAUGGUGGUGGGGUGGCUGAGCAGUUUAACUGCGAGAAAGAUAUUGAUAUAUGCGUUGGCACUCUGAGCAAGGCUGCAGGUUGCCAUGGAGGAUUCAUAGCAUGCAGUAAAAAGUGGAAGCAACUAAUACAAUCAAGAGGUCGGUCUUUUAUUUUUUCAACUGCUGCACCAGUACCAGUCGCAGCUGCAUCCCAUGCUGCUGUUGUUGUGGGAAGAAAGGAGAUGUGGCGAAGAAGGGCGAUUUGGGACCGGGUUCAGGACUUCCGCGCUCUUACCGGAAUUCCAAUCACAAGCCCAAUAAUAUCUCUAAUAAUCGGGAGUGAAGACAAGGCUCUGGAAGCUAGCCAGCAUUUGUUGAGAUCUGGUUUCCAUGUGACUGCAAUCAGACCCCCAACAGUCCCACCCAAUUCAUGCAGGCUUAGAGUUACUUUGAGCGCAACCCACACCAGGGAUGAUUUGGUGAAGCUCACAGCUGCACUCUCCGGAUGUAUAAAUUUGAAAGAGAUUAGUGUCAAUGGUUCAACCGGAUAUGCGAUAGCAAGGAUGUAGUUUUCCUUUUUUUUCUGAACAGCAGAGACCACUUAAUAUUUGGGAUGAAAAGAAACUUUUUUUUCUGAACAGCAGAGACCACUUAAUUAUAGGAUGCAUUAUACAUGUU